AUGCGACUUCUGAACUCAUCUACCUUCGAAUUCGCCAGGUUCGACGGUGAUGAUAUUCCACCAUAUGCCAUAUUAUCUCACACCUGGGAGUCUGAGGAGGUGACCUUCGAUGACAUGCGACAGUCGGAGUACCAACACCUAAAAGGUUUUGCUAAGAUCAAAGGAUGUUGUGUACAAGCAGCACAGGAUGAACUAGACUGGGUAUGGGUAGACACAUGCUGCAUUGACAAGUCAUCAAGUGCUGAGCUAUCUGAGGCCAUCAAUUCUAUGUACGAGUGGUAUCAGAGAGCUGAUGUCUGUUUCGUUUAUCUUUCGGAUGUUCCUCCUCUUGACCCUUUUCUAGAUAAGCAUUUAUUCCAGAAAUCUAGAUGGUUUACCAGAGGAUGGUGUCUUCAAGAGUUACUUGCCCCGCGCGAAGUGGAAUUCUUCGCUGAAAACUGGACCGAGUUAGGUACAAAAUGGAGUCUGCAGAAGUUCAUAUCCGACAUAACAUCUAUUCCAGCGGCCGUCCUUCUUCAACAGAAGGAACUCGGGGAGUAUUGUGUCGCUGAGAGAAUGUCGUGGGCGUCGAAGCGGGAUACCACAAGGGAAGAAGAUAUGGCAUAUUGCCUUCUAGGCAUCUUCGAUAUCAAUAUGCCUCUGCUGUACGGGGAAGGCAGAAGAGCAUUCAUUCGGCUCCAAGAGAAGAUUAUGCGGCGUGAAGUUGAUUACAGUAUUUUCCUCUGGCGGUCAACAUUCAUCCACAGCGAGACAGGCCUUCUCUGCGAUUCCCCUCACUAUUUUACAACUGAGGGUGUUCCCGUGCGGUCUGGAGGUUUCUGCAAAUACUCAGACAUCGUGGCGUCUAAACUACCAGCUGAAACAGGGUUUCGGCCACCCGAGGUCACCCCGCAAGGUCUUCAGAUGACGCUUCAUACAAAACUGUCUUCGGGUGGUUGCCGACAAGCCUGGAUCUACCUUACACACCACGACGGUUUGGUCUGUAUUGUUCUGAGCCCUCGACAAAACGAUUUAAAAUAUUACAGGACCAUGGUGGGAUACGUCGAGGUACUCGCUAACGAGGACGACUUGAAGAGUUUCCAGGCUGAGACUAUGUGCAUGGCCAGUUUCACCAAUCUUGACAUUCCUAAAAUUCCAUUGCAGUCGCUAGCGUUCAAGAUCUGCUUGAAUUCCACAACAAACGAAAAACUAUCAAUUCUCGAGAUGUAUCCUGAGUGCGACUUGGAACAUCAACAACAUGGUUCAUAUAGCACCGAACUCGACUUAGCUUCUUGCCCCGAAGUCUUUAUCGUCGUGUGCGGUGUAGAACGAGACGCGUCUACUUACCGAUCUCAACGAUUUGCAGUAGCCUUCUGCCUCUUUCAUGGACCUUGGACUACAAGGGUUCUCAAAGUUGAGCCAGGAGUAUCACUUGAGAACUUGGCAAACGAUAUCUGGAGCUUGAAGCCACUUGAAGACGAUUCAGACAGGGCCAUGUCACGUCUGCGAAGCGGAUCUUACGUGACUGUUGCAUUGAAAAGAAGAGCCAGGUCUAACCGAUCUUCUUUACAUGUUUCAUUGGUUCUGGCAAGGCCUGCAACGGAUCCUCGGUAUGGAGGAGGGUCAUAUAUUCUUAGUUCAUAA